AUGUCAUCGAUACGCGACGACGAGAGAAUGAAGUUUGUUGUCAAUAAUGCCGUUGCCCAAAUCCGACUGUCGGUGGAAUAUUGUAAAUUACUGCCCCUGUUGUGUGCAGGUGACGGGGAUGUUUGUGUGUGCAUGCCCACCGAGGCAGGGAAGUCCCUCUGCUACCAGCUUCCUGCAGUGUUGGCUAAGGGUAUUAUUACCUUGGUCAUAUCCCCUCUUAUCGCUCUCAUCCAGGACCAAGUGGACCACCUAAGGGACCUGAACAUUCCUGCAUGCUCCAUCAACUCCAAGCUCCCUGCAAGGGAGCGCUGUCUGAUCCUGGCCGAUCUGGAGAGUGAGAGCCCCAGGUUGAAGCUGCUUUACAUCACCCCAGAGAUGGUGGCCUCCUCUGCCUUCCAGCCUUGCCUUACAGGCCUGCUCUCCCGGAGCCUCCUCUCCUACCUGGCUGUGGACGAGGCUCACUGUGUCUCCCAGUGGGGGCAUGACUUCAGACCAGACUAACUCAAACUGGGCAGUCUGCGUGCCUGUCUGCCCGGGGUACCCUGCGUGGCGCUGACAGCCACGGCACCCCAGAAGGUGCAGGAGGACAUAGCAAAGUCCCUGAGGCUGCGAUCACCGCUGUCCUUUGCCACACCUGUGUUUCGCAGUAACCUGCAUUAUGAGGGUGUACUGGAGAACCCCUACAAGCACCUGCAUGCCUUCAUCAGGGAGGCCCUGACCAUGGGGGAAUGCCCCAAAGGACAGGGUUGUGGAAUUGUGUACUGUCGGACCAGAGAAGGCUGUGAGAUGGUGGCUUACCAACUGACUAAGCUGGGAGUCCAAGCCUUACCAUGCAGGCAAAGCGUGGCUCCGAGAAAGAUCAGGACAAGGCUUCCAUCACAGACUUCGAGGCCAUGGUGUCAUUCUGUGAGCAAGAGGGCUGCCGCCCUGCCACCAUCUCCAAGUUCUUUGGGGACCAGAAGCCAGACUGUGCGGGGGCCUGUGACUACUGUCGUGACCCCAAGGCUGUGCGGGCCCAGCUGGAGAAGGGGGCUACUUUGUGCACCAAGACUGGAGCAGCUCGGAGCACACAGCCCAGGGGCCCGUGACCGUGACCUCUACGCCAGGGGGAGGAAGGGCUACGGCUUUGAGAGGCAUGAUGAGGAGGGCUGGGAGAGUGGAGGUGAUGAUGAUGAUGAUGGCUCCGAGCAUCGGAGGAAAGAGUUUGGAGAUCUCUUCAAGAAACAAAUGAACCUGCGCAAGAUGAUAACUGCCCACUCAGGGAGGCCAGCAGCCAGAAAAUCCCCAGGCUCACUGUCAAGCUCUGACACACUCUCCUUGGCAGUGGAUAUUGAACAUGAGGUCUUCAAGAUCACCAAGUCUUCCAACCUGUACAAAGCAGCUGUCCUGAAGAGAGUAUCAGAGAUGAAGAAGGGAGGGGCUGCCUCUGCAGGAGGAGGAAGAGAAAGGACCAGUGGCUCUGAGGAAUCCACAGAGAUAAAGACUGAAUCCAAAGACGAAGCAGCCUCCUCUUCCUCCUUGACUGAGGAGCAGCAGGGCUUCAUGCCUGCCUCACAGAUCUACUCACUAAAGCGGAAGAGAAUAGGAGCAGGUCUGAGGGGCUCCUCCAACCCCUUCCAGACUGCCAGUGAGCUGCUGAGGGCCUCUAACUGUGUGGGCUCCACUACAGGUCCAGGGGCAAACAGGGGGACAGGGAGCGGGGGCCCUGACUGCCUGGCUGGGUCCGGAGAGUCAGCCGGUGAGGAGGAGAGGGGGAAGAGGAAGGAGACAAAGACUGGAGAUACAGCACCAACCAUCAGCUCCUCCAUCAGAGCUAAAGCCAGUGCAGUCUCUGCCUUCCUGAACAGUCCCACCAAGACAGGAGGCAAGGCCCUGAGCAAGAAGCAGAAGCUAGCAGAGGCUGCUAAGAACUCCCGCAACAUUACCCAGUACUUUGGGAAGAAACCGAUUGAAAAGAGUCAAGAGGUGGGGAUAAGAACCAAUGAUGUGUCAUCUCAGGCCUUUUCAAUACCACCCCAGUCACUCCCCUGCUACUGUCUCCAUUGAUACCAUCCCUAUGGACACUAGUCCCAUGGAAAUCAUCCCCACGAAACCAUCCCCAUUGAAACUAUCCCUAUGGACACCAUCCCCACAGAAAUCAACAACUUGGAUAAUGAUGAGGAGGAGGUUAAAGAGGAAGCUAAACUGGACUCUAUCACAGUGCAAAAUGCACAUGGAAACAAGGCUAAAUCGUUGCUAAAACAAAGGCUAUGUGAGGACAGUGAAGAGAGGGAGGCCCUCCCCCCAGCCAAAUGUAGCUGCCCCCUACAGGACAGCAGGAAGAAGGUGACCUUUAACCCAAACAUCCAGGAGACUGUACUGGAGCCAGGUAGCCCAAGCAAAGCCCCCAAGCCUGUGUCUCUGAAGGAGGUGGCUGACAUCGUGGUGCGCUGUCUAGACCCUUUCUAUACGCAGGGCAAGUUGGCCAUUAAGUUGAGGGAGAGAGGGAAGGGGCAUAAGCUGUGAUUAAGAUAUUUAGUUCUUCAUUUAUCACUUUUUCAAAUUGUAGUAUUCCAAAUGUGAAAUCUUCCUUGUUGUAGGAGCUAUUCAAGUAAUUUGCCAGAUACUUGUCUCAUCUACUAGCAGAGGGGAGGAGUGUCAAGUGAAAAAGCAGGCCAGGAAUCUGAUAUAGAAGUUCUUCAGCGGUGUGAAGCGCUGUGAGAGUGAAGCAGACUGGAAGCACCUGAAGGGACCACACAGCACUGAGACCGCUGAACACAGAGGGAUGGGAGGAGGCGGGACUAUGAACAGAAAGGUGGAGGAGGAUAACAACCUGGGGGUCUGAUCCCUUCAUCCACUCUCUCUCUCCAACUGAUUCCCUCCCUCACAUCUCUCCCAGGCCGAGAUACUGAGCCGUUACAGAGAUGAUAUGCUGCUAUGCUGUGUCAACUCCAGGCUCGUGCUGUCGUGGCUUGGAGAGCUGCUGUAAUGGCGGCUAUUAAACAUGUACUGUAUACAGCAUGUCUGCUGGUGCUGCUAUGGAACAAGUAGUCAUCCCUGCUCAACGCCGAACAGAGGUGGCUCUUUGUUUGAUGUUAGCACCAUGUGACUAGGACAUGGAUGCUAUGGUUAUACCAGGCCAAACUCUGCUGCUACCUGGUCUGUCAUUCUGCCUGACUAAAGAGGACAGACAGCUGGAUGUGUAACAACCACACUAGGAGCUGUAAUUUCAUGUCUUUUUGUUGUUGUUUGUUAUUAGUUGUUUUCAUGAGAUUCUCAAUGAGAACUUUUGUUUAUCCUGAGGAAUCCCCCAAAAUAUUAAUUUGUUUUUUCUCUUGCCCAUAUGGUACAAAGUUAUCUUGUCUAAAAAGAUCAGAGCUGGCCACAUCUGCCUGUGCAGGUUGGUGACUGGGUGGGUGACUUUUCAAACAUGAUGGAAUCCAAAGAGCACUUGAUGCACCAAUGGGGAAAAACUCCCAGCCAUCACAGAAAUGUAUCCAAAAAACCCAGCCUUCACACACUAUUGCUCCAUGUGAGACCUGUUUACAAUAAAAUCU